AUGAUUUUAUUUGAAUUAACUUAUUAUUUUUUUAAAGAUUUUAUCAAUCAUAAUGAUCUUACAGCUUUACAAACACUUGCACAAUUAUCACAAAAUACAACUAGUGGUUUAACAGAAUUAAUUGCGUGUGCUUCUUCAGUACUUAAUUCUUCAUCAUUAUUAGAUGUUGAUCCAUAUUCAAAUUUCAAUUCUGUUUAUUCAUCACUUGCUGUUAGAUAUUCAAGUUAUCAAGAAUUAUCUGAUUUAACUAGAAGGUUACAAUUAUCAUCACAAUUAUCAAGUAGUAUAAAUUGA